CCCGGAGCCGCGCCGGCCGCGGGGCCCCGGAUGCAGGAGGCCGGGCGGAGCGGGGACGUCAUUGUUCCCCGACACGGGCAAGUCGGAGCGGGAGGAGGAGGAGGCGGAGCGGCCGGGCUAGGGCGAAGGGGACCCGGCAGCGCCGAGCCAGAGAUGAACAAUGACCAUAGUUGACAAAGUGUCUGAGUCCUCCAACCCUUCUGCCUGUCAGAAGCAGCCUUUCAGCUCCCUGGUGCUGGCUUCUGGAGAUAUGGACGCAGGCUCUCCGGGGUGGAGCACUGCGUCUUCUCUAGAAGCUCCGAAACACAAGAUCUCCUUGGGACCAGUGCCGGGAGCUGCCGUUUAUUCCAAUUCAUCCGUUCCUGAAAAGUCCAAGCCCUCCACUCAGAAAGAGUCGUCUCUCGGCGAUGGCAUCGCACCCCCGCAGAAAGUCCUCUUCCCGGCGGAGAAGGUGUGCCUGAAAUGGCAGAAAACGCACCGAGUCGGAGCCGGCCUCCAGAACCUCGGCAACACAUGUUUCCUCAAUUCCGCUCUGCAGUGUCUGACCUACACGGCCCCUCUGGCCAACUACAUGCUGUCCCAUGAACACUCCAAAACCUGUCACGAGCAGGGGUUCUGCAUGAUGUGCACCAUGCAGUCUCAUAUCACCCAAGCCUUCUCCAACUCUGGCACCAUCAUCAAGCCAAUGGCCGUCAUCAACGACCUCAGACGGAUAGCAAAACAUUUCCGUUUCGGAAAUCAGGAAGACGCACACGAAUUCCUUCGCUACACUGUUGACGCUAUGCAGAAAGCAUGUCUGAACGGAAGCAACAAGUUGGACAGACACUCACAAGCCACUACGCUCAUUUAUCAAAUAUUUGGAGGAUACCUGCGAUCUAGAGUAAAGUGCAUGAAUUGCAAAGGAGUUUCUGAUACUUUUGAUCCCUACCUGGAUAUUCCACUGGAGAUAAAGACAGCUCAAAGUGUUAACAAAGCUCUGGAGCAGUUUGUCAAACCAGAACAACUAGAUGGUGAAAAUGCUUAUAAAUGUAGCAAGUGUAAAAAGAUGGUUCCUGCCUCAAAGAGAUUCACAAUCCAUCGGUCGUCGAACGUUCUCACCCUGUCCCUUAAACGAUUUGCAAAUUUCAGCGGUGGGAAAAUUACAAAGGAAGUGAAAUAUCCUGAAUAUUUGGACAUCCGCCCAUACAUGUCCCAGCCAAACGGAGAGCCAAUUAUUUAUGUGUUAUACGCUGUCCUGGUCCACACUGGCUUCAGCUGCCAUGCCGGUCAUUACUACUGCUACAUCAAGGCCAGUAACGGGCAGUGGUACCAGAUGAACGAUUCCAUUGUCUCCAACAGCGACAUCCGAUCUGUUCUGAACCAGCAAGCGUAUGUUCUUUUUUAUAUCAGGUCCCACGAUGUGAAGAACGGCAACGAACACAUGCAUUCCGCUCACACCCCCGGGCAGUCUUCGCCCCGACCGGUGAUCAACCAGCGGGUGGUGAAUAACAAGCAAACAACGCCGGGUUUCAUUGGGCCUCAGCUCCCGCCACACAUGAUGAAGAAUUCGAACCACGUGAACGGAACUGGACCGCUGAAGGAAACGCCCAGCAGUUCUGUGGCGAGCCCUAGCAGCGUGCCCCUCAACAGGCCGUCUUCCACUCCCCAAGCCAGCACCAUCCCAAACUGGACGAUAAACAGGCCGCCAACGGCGACCAACCCCGACCCUUCGAAAAAGAAAAUAACCAUCAGUAUUAACAAGCUGUCCGCUCGCCAAACCGCCUCUCACAACACCUGCCCCGCGGAGAACCUCGGCAAGCCGGCCCCUUCUUCGACCGUUUCCAACCCUUCCGCGGUGCAGUCUACCUCAAGCGCGUCCGCCGUCUCGGCUGCUAGCAGAAUCCCCAAGCCGCCGCCGCCUCCCGGCGAAACGUGUCCCACACCGGUGGCGAACGGCAAGCCCAAGCUGAACCCGAGCACGCUGGUCCCGUACGGGGCUGAAUCGUCGGAAGACUCGGACGAGGAGCCAAAGGGGCCGGUGUUGGAGAACGGCCACGCCAACCCUUUCAAUGGGGUCCUGUCGGGAAGUGCGGCCAUUUCGCCAGAGAGCUCCUGCACGUCCUGCCGCGGUGCGGACGAGGAGGCGGCACUGCUGCACAAGCCGCCCAAAAAUGUUGCUGUCAAUGGUGCUAUUGGUGUCGACGAGGCUCCGAAAGAAAAUGGGCUCCCCCCCGAGGACGCUGCUUGUCCAGCCAAGCCGGUGAAACCUGCAGAAAACCCGUUCUCGAAAGCCAACGGAUUGCACGGGAAAGGACCACCUACUGCUUUGCCCCCGGUUCCCGAAGACAGGGUCUUGGACUCCUUCAGAUACAAUCAACUAAAAACGCCACCAGAAGAAAUAAGCGCAAGCGGAGCAGAGAAAACCUCUGAAGAGGACGGCUGUUUGGAAGCCUCGGGCAGCGUCAGUAAGAGAAUCCCCUGUGACACGGCGGUCCAGAUCCUCACCAAUCUUCUUGGCAGCAUCAAGGAACUCCCGGCUCCUUCCAACCCCAGCCCCGCUUCUACCAAAGAUGAACCCUGUGAAAACGUUGCUGUGGAAAUGCCAAAUUCGCAUCUGGACAGCAGUGGGCAGUAUGAGCCUCAGUCGAACUCCCUUGAAGCCGAAGCAGAAUUCCCUCUAGAAGGCGACCUGGAGGAUCACGCAGCAAAAACAAAAGGACCAAAAGAAGAGAAAGACGCUUGGAAAAAGAGUCCCGUGCACUUCCGAGAGACACCCGAGGGUGCAGAAAAACUGGCCCAGAGCCCUUUUAGAAAGUCUGACGCUGAAAGCCGACCUCUCAAGGUUGUCACUCUGAACGGGGUAGAGAAAAGCCAAGAAACACAGAACGGCGUGAAGAACGUCGCGGAUCCUGCACUCCCUGAGGAGUCUUCCUCCACAAGGCUUGACGCAGGGAACCAAAGUUUGAAAGAGGAGGACGGGCCAAGAGGGGGGAGCGAAGGUCUCAGAGAACAGGCAGAACAGCAGCAGGAGCAACAGCCCCGUUCACAGUCAAAGGAGAAAGUUUUCGCCUCCAAAAAACCCGACAGGGAGCACUACCGCAGCAAACGAGACCGCUCGGAAAGCGAAGAGCGGGAGGCCAGCCGCAGCCAGAUCGAUGGGCACUUCCACAAGAAAAGGUGUUCCCACAGCAGAGAACGAACGAAGCAGGAGUAUUCGCGAAGGGAAUACUACAACGGAAGCAAGUACCGGUUCCCCUCGAGCCUUGAACCGGGGCGAGGUUCAGGGAAGUACUCCCAUUCCACGUCCCACAGCAGAGGGAAAAUGGAUCCCGAAAGGAGUCGCUAUUGCCCCUGGAAAGGUGAGCCAUUAUGGAGCAGGACGAGUUAUCACCAGGAUAUCCCAAGGAAGUGGGAAAAAUACCGGCCCGACAACUACUAUUACCCUUCCCAUGUAGCAAGGAGUAGCCAGGAUAGAAAAUUCUGUCACGACGAGAGGGACUAUAACAAAUCAAGUCACAUGUACAACAAACCAUACAAAGAUUAUUCGUACAAAAGCCGAUGGACUUACGACCCAGCAGAGAAGGAAAGAGAGAGGUACCACGACAGCAGUUCGAAAGCAGAUGUGUACCGCUACCCAAUUCCCGCCCAGCACCUGGAGAAAUAUCCCCACGGGAGAGAGGCGCCCCUGACCGAGGAACACUAUUUGCAUCCAGCCGCUGAACACUUGAAGGACAGGAAGAGAAAGUGCCCCAGCCCGGAGGGCAGCAACAGCAACCCUGAAAAGAAACGCCGGAGGAGCUCGCUGAGCGAACCUCUCGAGGAGCCGAAAAGCAAAAAGCGCAAGAAGUCGAAGAAGAAGAAAAAGUCAAAGGAUAAACACCGAGAGAGAGAUUGCAGGCACCACCAGGACUCGGAUCCCUCCGCGUCGAGCUCCGAGGCAGAGGCCCACAGGCACAAGAAGAAGAAGAAGAAAAAGAAGAAGCGCGCAAAAAGAUCCGAAAGUUGCGAAGAACCUCUAGUGCCCCACCUCCCCAAGCCGGCGAGCGCGGAAGCCGGCGCCCUCAAAACCUGGGAGGCAGACAAAGCUUUAUCCAAAGCGUGUCGAAAACGUGGCGGCCAGCCCCAAGACGGAGUGGCCGAGGCCUACUGGAAAUCGAAGUGCAUAGAAGGCAGCGCCGGGGAGGGCUGCGUCUUCACUACAGAUCAAGUUGCUGCUACCGAGGCACCUUUUCAUAAAGACUGCAGCUGGACAGUCUCUAGGUCUUCAAACAAUGACUUUCCAUAUGAAGAAGAAAUCAGAUGGUGAGCAAAGAGAUCCUUGUAGGAAAUUCUCGCUAGCUACAGAUAGCCUGCUGGACAUCAUCUCACCACCGCUUGCAGUAUAUAUUUAUAAACCGGAAAAUAUAUAAACUCUUUUCGAUUCAUAAUUGGUGCUUCAAAAAAAAAUACUGUACAGGAUUUACCAUCAAAGAACUACUUCUUUUUUUUUUUAGUUUUUACCUUGAGACUUUUUUAAAAAACAAUUUCCUGCGAUCCAAAAGGAAAAAAAAAAGAGAAAGAAACUUUCUACAACUGCUGGACAUUGUAACAAAACGAUUUACCUUGUAAAUAUCACAAGUGAAAAUUUAAUGCCCUGGAACAGAACAUCUCAAAUGCUGCUUAGUUACCGACUCAGGUCGAUUGCGUUGUUCACGUGACGUUAACUCCCGAGUGUACGCGUCUGGAGCAGGAGGCAAAGAAAACACGGACUUAUCAAGCUGCAACUGAUAUAGUCUAUUUAAUUUAAAGACGUCUAAACAAAAACAGAUUCACAAACAAUUAGGAUAUUCUGCAAGAGCUCUUUCAUCUGUUUUCUGUGGUGUCCGGUACUAGAAACUCCACGGUUCUGUUUUUCUUCUGCUGGAUCUAAAAUUCGAGGAAAAGAUUCUGGUCUUGGAUUUUGAGGUGUGCCGUUCAAACUCUUACCAGUUUUGGAAUGUAUCUCGUCCUUCGACAUGCCGCCACCCCCCCCCCUCCAAUCCCCCCCCCAACCCCCCGCGUGUGUACCUUCCAUUUGUUUUUAUUGCAUUUUUUUUUAAUAGCGUUGCAUCUUUCAAUGGGUCUCGGUUGUCUGGUUCUUGUCCCUUUUUAAGUUUCUGGUUCCAGAUGCAUUCAUACUGUGAUUUAAUUUUUUAUUAUUAUUAUUAUUAAGAAAUGCUAUCAAACUGUGAUACACUUAAUUCACUGGUCCCUGCAUCAGGAGACAGAGUGGGGAAACUGUAUUAAAUACAGUUCAUCCGAAUAAUUUGUCUGGUCUAUAUACAAACUGUGUUGUUCAGAGGUGUCUAAAGUUUGACCUGUUUUUUUGUUUUGUUUUUUUUUAAUAUAAAAAAAGCACGUGCCCCACUUGUAAAUACAUGGCAUGUAAAAUUUAUAUAGUAUAUAAAUACAGCAAGUCAAAAAAAAAAAAGAAAGAAAAGAACCCUGC